AUGUGCUCACUGCCUGUGCCCCAAGAGCCGCUGCGUCGUGUGGCAGUGACUGGGGGCACCCACGGCAACGAGAUGUCUGGAGUCUGCCUGGUCCAGCAGUGGCUUCGGGACCCGGGGGAGCUGCAGAGAGCCAGCUUCGCCGCCGUGCCGGUGCUGGCCAAUCCGGCGGCCACAGCCGCCUGCCGCCGCUACGUGGACUGCGACCUCAACCGCGUCUUCACCAGCACCUUCCUCACUGCCAGGGCCCACCCAGAUGACCCAUACGAGGUGACGAGGGCCCGAGAACUGAACCAGCUGCUGGGGCCCAAAGCCUCCGGCCGGGCGUUCGACUUUGUCCUCGACUUGCACAACACCACGGCCAACAUGGGCACGUGCCUCUUAGUGAAAACGACCCACGACAUCUUUGCCUUGCACAUGUGCCACCACCUACAGCUGCAGAACCCAGAGCUGCCCUUCCUCGUCUCUGUGGACCAGCAUCCUGGAGAAGAGACUUACGACAUGACCUCGGUGGCCAAGAAUGGAAUAGGUCUGGAGCUGGGCCCCCAGCCUCAGGGCGUGCUGCGGGCUGACCUCUUGACCAGGAUGAGGGCCCUGGUGGCUAAGGUUCUAGACUUCAUCCAGCUUUUCAACCAGGGCACAGCCUUUCCUGCCUUUGAGAUGGAAGCAUAUAGGAUUGUGAGGAGUGUGGACUUCCCGCGAACCGAGGCUGGGGACCUGGCAGGCACCGUGCACCCUCAGCUGCAGGACCGAGACUUCGAGCCGCUGCGGCCGGGUGCACCCAUCUUCCAGAUGUUCAGCGGCGAGGACGUGCUCUAUGAGGGGGAGUCCACCGUAUACCCCAUCUUCAUCAACGAGGCCGCCUACUAUGAGAAGGGCAUUGCCUUCUUCCAGACUGAGAAGCUCACGCUCUCUGUGCCUGCUCUGCCCGCCCUGGCCCCCACCCCCAGCCCAGGUCCCUAG